GCUCAGUCCAUCGCCCACCUUCCCCCACUCUACUCGCCGCUCGCCAGCAGCGGCACCCCAGUGAGCAGUGAGCUUGCCUCCUCCUCCCGCGCCCCCAAAAACCUCGCCUCCCGCCUCCCUCCGACCCACGCGCGCCCGCCGCCGAUCGCCACCGCGCCCGCGCCAGAUCUGACCACGACCCGCCGAUCGCUUGCUCUUCUUCUUCUUCGCCCGCGCUCCCGCCCAUUGCCAGCGCCCUGCCGCUCUUCCUUCCCCCCUUACCCGCCCGCCACCGCGCCCGGGGAGCUAGCGAGCGAGCUCGCCCGCUCCGGCUCGCUCCAGCCCGCCGCCGCGGCCGCUUAGCAGCAGCUAGCCACCAGGGCCAAUGCGGGCCGCGGCGCCCGGGGCAUGGUGCUAGGGGCCCACGCCGCGGGGCUUGCAGCAGCGCCGGGAUGGAGGCCGUGGUGCUCGGCGGCGGGGGCGGGGACGCCCGGACCAAGCGGGCCCGGGUGAAGGCCGCGGGCGCGGACCCGGACCCGGACCCCAAGCGCGCCCGGGCGGCGCCCGCCGCGCCUCCGCCGCCGCCGCCGUGGGCGCCGCAGCAGCACCAGCACCAGCACCAGCACCCGGCCUCGCGGAUCUACCGCGUCUCGCGCGCCUCGGGCGGCAAGGACCGCCACAGCAAGGUCUACACCGCCAAGGGCAUCCGCGACCGCCGCGUCCGCCUCUCCGUCGCCACCGCCAUCCAGUUCUACGACCUGCAGGACCGCCUCGGCUACGACCAGCCCAGCAAGGCCAUCGAGUGGCUCAUCAAGGCCGCCGCCGCCGCCAUCGACAAGCUGCCCUCGCUCGACGCCGCCGCGGGGCCGGGAUUCCCCGCCCACCCGGCCUCCGCCGCCGCCGCCGCGCCCAUGGACCUGCCCGCCCUGCCGGAUGCCGCGCCGCCCGACGACGACGACGACGACGACCACCACCACCACCACCAGCAGCAGCAGCAGCUCACGAGAUCGGGCUGCAGCAGCACCUCCGAGACCAGCAAGGGCUCCGUCCUCUCGCUCUCCCGCUCCGAGAGCCGGGUCAAGUCCAGGGAGCGCGCCCGGGAGCGGAGCGCCGCCGCCAGGGACAAGGACAAGGACCCCGCCGACGACGACGCCGCCGCGGGGCGCCGCGCAGCGCCCACCGCCUCCGUGCAGGCCGCGUCCUUCACCGAGCUGCUCACGGGGAUGGCCGCCGCCGAGCACAAGCAGCAGCAGCAGCAGCUGCCGCAGCCGCAGUCGUCGGCCCCCUGGCAGCCACUGUCUGUCCCCGCGACCACCGCCGACUACAUCGGGUUCGCGCAGCCCCGGAAGGCGGCCGGGCACGCCAUGGCGCACUCCUUCGCCUCCCCGCCUCCCCAUCUCGGCAACAUUGCGUCGUCCAUCGCCAUGGCCCCGGCGCAGCACUUCGGCUUGGCGAGCGGCGCCGUGACCAUCGCCUCUGGCGGCGGCGAGCCGCACGCGGAGAUGACGCACUACUCGUUCUUGCAGGACCACUUCAUGCCCGUCCACGCGGCGCCGGCCCCGGGUCCCGCCGGAGACUACAACCUCAACUUCUCCAUGUCCUCGGGUCUUGUGGGUGUCAACAGUAGGGGGACCCUUCAGUCCAAUUCGCAGCCGCACAUCUCCGGCCACCACCACCAACACCACCACCACCAGCUCCAGAGGCUGUCUACUCCACUGGAUGCUCCCAACAACAUACCCUUCCUGUUCACCCCCGCCGCCGCGGUGACCACGCCCACCACGGCGGACAACCAGUUCGCCGCGUUCCAGCUCUGGAACGGGUUCCAGCACGCAGACAUGAAGGAGAAGGGCAAAAACUGAACGACAGCUGCCCAAUGCAGUGCAGUGCUUUCCGGAUGGAUGUGAAGACAUCAAAUAAUUGCAGCCUAUCCCUGCAAGCACAAUCAUUAUGUGAAGCGACCAUAAGUGUGCUGGGGAUGAUUCGCCGCAUUCUUGGAAAGCAGAUCAUUCUUCAGACGUCUACCCUGGUCACCACUGAAGAACAUCAUCGUUGUUACUCUGACAACCAUCUGCAUUUCUUUAUCCGCCUGCUGCUGUAUUCAUUUCGUGGAGGUGAGAUUUUUUGGAGCAUGACUUGCUGGAGUGCCCUGUCAGAAAGCCAUUGUAAUCCUUUCCAUUCUAGACAUUGCCAAAUGCCAAUGAAUGGAUCCCCGGCUUUUGAUCGGCUCUUUCGAGUUCCAGGAUCAGUUAUCUCCCCCAUUUUUAUGGUUCUCGGUUGUGUGUUGUGCUAGAAUUGUGAGGAUUAAUGAUCAGAUCCAUCAGAUGAAGCAUCUGUGGUGAAGUCUGUUCCCCUAUUUUGUGCUGAAUACGCUGCUCUAAUGAGAGUCUGAGAUGUAAAUUUAUUUUUCUUUUCUUGCAGUGUUUACUUCGUAUUGCUCCUGAUUUA